AUGUCUAGCUCUUUCGCGAUUGCUGAUAUUGAUUCUGAUCUAUCCUGUCCUGGGGCGUCUUCCUACAUCAAGAUACAGCUUAACGAUCUGACCGAUUAUCCUUUGGCCAGCGCACCACCGGCAGCGAUCGUCCCGGCAAAGUUUCGCAAUUAUGCACAGCAGGUACGCGACUUCCAGGUGUACGAAGAUGACGUAUGGAUCGUGACGUAUCCAAAGUGUGGUACUACGUGGACACAGGAGAUGGUCUGGUUGAUCGACCAUGACCUAGAUUACGAAACGGCACGGAACGUGAACCUCAACACACGAUCCAUUUUUCUAGAAAUUGGUGGCAUUGCCGACAAGAUUCCUGUGGAUACCGUUACGGUGGCAGCCAACUUGACGCGUCCACGGCACAUUAAAUCUCAUCUGCCGCUGGCACUACUACCAAGACAGCUAUGGACAGUGAAACCCAAAAUAGUUUACGUGGCUAGAAAUCCGAAAGAUGUGGCAGUGUCGUAUCUUCACCACUACCAAAUGAUUAUGGGUUAUCGGGGCUCGAAGGAAGCGUUUUUGGAUGGAUUACUGGAGGACCGGGUAAUGUUCUGUCCACAGGUGAAGCAUGCCCUUGAUUUUUGGGCGCUGAAAACGGAACCCAACGUUCUGUUUCUUACUUACGAAAGCAUGAACAGGGAUCUCAGAAGUGUUCUACCGAGGGUGUGUGACUUUUUCGGCAAAUCCUACACCGACGAUCAACUAGAUGAGUUAACAGUGCACCUAUCAUUCGACCAAAUGAAAAAAAAUCCAUCCACCAACAAUGACCAAAUGGUGCGAAAUGCGAUGAAAAUGAAUGGCAGAGAAGGAGAACAAUUUGAAUUUAUGCGCAAAGGCAUCGUGGGAGACUUUCGAAACGAACUGUCGCCGGAGUACAUAGAGAAGUUUGAUAACUUCAUCGAGCAGCAGCUGGCUGGCAGUGACUUUAAAUAUGAUUUAUAA